AUGAGUUAUUUAGGUGUUGGUGUUAGUCCUGGGAAUGUACCAGUGUAUCAUGGCACUAACUUGAAGGUUAUUGAUAGGAGAGUGAGGCUAGCAGAGUUGGUUUUGAGGUGUGUGAUCUGUGGUUUAGGAGUUCUUGCUGCUGUUCUUGUUAGUACAGAUACUCAAGUUAAAGAAAUCUUUUCAAUUCAAAAGAAAGCUAGAUUCACUGACAUGAAAGCUCUUGUCUUUUUGGUGGUAGCUAAUGGGAUAGCAGCAGCCUAUUCAUUGGUACAAGGGGUGCGCUGUGUUUUGGGCAUGGUUAAAGGAAGUGUUCUGUUUAGCAAGCCCUUAGCUUGGGCUAUUUUCUCUGGUGAUCAGAUGAUGGCAUACCUGACUUUGUCUGCAGUGGCAGCUGCUGCACAAUCGGCAGCAUUUGCAAAGUUGGGAGAGCCUGAUCUACAAUGGAUGAAGAUCUGCAACAUGUAUGGAAAAUUCUGUAACCAAGUUGGCGAGGGAUUAGCAAGCGCGCUGUUGGUCAGUGUUAGCAUGGUUGUCUUGUCUUGCAUCUCUGCUUUCAGCCUCUUCCGCUUGUAUGGCGGCGGCAAAGGCAAGGACGGUGCGAGGUGGUAG